ACAUGUCUUGAUUUAGUCAAGUGAUGUGAAUUCUUGGUAUUCUGUACUACAAACCACAUGAAAUGUAUAAAUUUCCUGGUGUGAGCGAGAUACGUACAAACUCAAUAGUGCCACUUCAUUUCAAAGACUUGUACUUGGAUUAGUGUGAAAAAAGUACAAUUCUGUACAAGCAUGUUGAAAAGAGUAUAAAAAUGGUUAUUGUAUCCAAAAAAUUUAAUAUACGCUAACCGUACUGUUAUUAAAUUUGCUAUAUUCAAGAAUUACGGCUACGAGAAUCCUUAACCUAAAUGGAGAAGAAAAUCAAUGUCGAUUAUGGCACGGAUAUGGAUUUGAAAGCUGUAGAGCUUCGAAUGCGUACAGAUAGAAUUCACUCUGGAUUUCUCUUCGCGUGGGAGGAUUCACGCCUUUUGCAAAUAUUAUGUCUGUUCGUCGAGUCAGAUGUGGUUCAAAGAGAUCGCCCGACUUGGCAAAAAUUUGCCGAACAAUUGGGUCUGACAAGGCAGAAAAUAUUAUGUAUCGAAAACGAAUAUAAGUAUAGCCAUGGUUCAGUGUGGUGGGUUUUGUUGGCAUUUUCAAAUGAGGAUGACGCUACUAUAGGACGAAUAAUACUUAUUUUACAACAGUUGAAAAUGUUUCAUGUCAUACUCGAAAUUAGCAAUGACGUUCUUGAGCUCGUUGACUGUCUUUCUGACCACUUGAAUUCGCAAGGAACUAAAUCCACAAUACUUCGGCCCCCAAACAUCCCAUGGACACCUUUGAUUUUCAGAUCGUUGAAUUCAAGAAUGGAAAGAGUUCCACAAAUCAUAGAUAUUACUGUGAGAGGUUCGAGUAUGCCAAGUAUACCGUCGGCUGUAAAAAUAAUGCUAACGUUCGCCAAUGACGGGAUAGAAGCGGCGCUUCGCCUCACGGAAAUUUUCAGAUCAAAUGAACCGAGAAUCGCAGUUUUGCUUCUGAGAGAGCAGCAGAUGCACGUAUUCAAUGCAGCCAAAGAGUUCAUCGAUGACUGCUUGAAAAGAGUUGAUUAUAUAAUUCCGAUUGCCACAAAGGGAUACUAUGAUGUUAUAAAUAAUACAUAUCCCGAGAGCAGAGAUCAACUAGUAUCAUCAUUUGCAUCGGAUCAAACAUAUGCACAAUAUGUAUACAAGUGUUUUGCAGAAGAAUAUGUACGAAAUCGGUGUAGGAAUAUGCGAGUAAGAGCUAUUAUACCCUCUGAAACAACGGAAAAUGAUUUACCGGCUCACUUAACAUGCAUGGGUCCUACCAGAUUCAAGGAAGCAGAAAUUAGAGAAUUCGUUACAAUGUUACUGAGAGUAAGACGAAUCUGACGAGCCGACCGAUCGGUUACUGCGGAUCGUCAUGAGAAAACGGAUAAAGUCCACAUUUUUUAUAUGUUUAUAAUCCAAAAUAUUUUUUACACACGAAUAAACAAUAGUUUAUUGCA